ACACAUUGGGCUCCUGAUCACCAAUCCUCCAGGUGACUCCCAGCCAUGAAGACACUUGUCCUCCUCUCUGCCCUUGUCCUGCUGGCCUUCCAGGUCCAGGCUGAUCCUAUCCAAAACACAGAUGAAGAGACUAAAGCUGAGGAGCAGCUAGGGGAAGAGGACCAGGAUGUGUCUGUCUCCUUUGGAGGCCAAGAUGGCUCUGCUCUUCAUGAAGAAUUGUCAAAAAAGCUGACAUGCUAUUGUAGAAAAAGAGGCUGCAAUAAAAGAGAACGUGUUACUGGGAUCUGCAGAAAUCUUUUUUUCACCUACGUGUUCUGUUGCAGCUGAACACGCAGACCACAAAGACAUGAUGAUCAUUGGCUCUGAGGGCACUGAUGCUGGGGUCUGAUGACCACUUCUCAAUAAAUUGCUCGCAAUGUG